AUGCUAAUGAUGAAAAUUUUCGUUUUUAUCAACGGUGUUGGUACGCAAGGAAGAAUGUUUUUGUACCCGAGCCCCCUCAUAGAGACGAAAUUGACUAGGGAAUGAUUGGCAAACGUUUGCAGCGGUUAUCGAAACAACAGUCUUCCUCUAACUAUUCCAGGCAGAAAAAUUCUUUGGAGAAGGAGCUCGCGAGUUUUCUGUCUAGUUUAUUAUCCCCUAAGCUUAGCUUUUCUGGUAUGGAAGGACCGUAAUGGUAAAAUGCUCGUUCAUCUGCGUGAUUGUGUAUGGUUCGUGCACACUCCAAGUUUACAGCACUCUUGUAGCUGUCCCAGGCACCUUGCGUUUGGAACAGUGGACGCCUUCAUAGGGAAGUUGCAUUCCAUUUUUGCUACGCAGGGUAGGGGUUCCGACUGGUAG